AAGCCAUAAAUAUGUUAUGCAAGACUUGCUACGCACCAAAGUUAUGUUUAAUGAAAUAAAGAAGAAGGCUGCUGAAACCACAAUUAAAAUCGAUUACCUUGCUACACAAGAAUGAUUUAUGGAAGGCCGCCGUUUCUACCUCCACAACCACUGCUGCUGCCAUGUUCUUUGCUGUUGCCACCACGUUUACUGCUACUGUCACUGCCAAUACCAAGAACAGCAAAUGCAACAACAAUCUUGUAAAAUCGUUACGUGAAAGUGUGCAGUUGGGUAAAGUACCCGGACUUAGAGCACCAGGAUACCACUAUAUGUACUGGUUGUAGGGUUUGCAAUCCAAACUUCUGCACACGUCGUAGUUAAUAUGUUGGUUUUGUGUGGCAGUUACAUAGUGCUUGCAAUACAAGCACAGUACUUUAGGGUCCCGUACCGUGGUCUAUGAAAUCGUUCACAUGAUACAUGAUGUCUCAACAUAAUCGUUUUUCAAAGGUUGCAAGUACGUCAUUGGUGCUGUUGACACAGCAAGAAUAUCACCAUGAAGAAAUAUGGCAUGAUAAAUUAUUUCCAUUAGGAUUCAAAUCUUCAUGGUGUGCUAUGGCCACUAAGAACUUCUUAUGAGGACCCUUAUAAUAAUGUUGAAACUUCAGUUAAAAAAGGAAUAAUUUGUAGAAGCCACACAAAACCAACUUAUUUAACUGCAACGUGUGUACAAGUUUGGACAAGUUCUACAACCAUCACAUGCAGGGGUAUUCGCUUGCUCCAAUUCCGGGUUCUUUACCCAACUGCACACUUUCGUAUGCAUUUACAAAAUGAUUUUACGUGGUGGUCAUGGCAAUUGCUGGUCUUGGUAGAGGCAGUGAUAGUGGUGGAAACAGCAAAGAAGUGGCAGCAGCAGUGUCGUGGAGAACAAAAAUACCAACAACCUCACCAUGCCUGAUCGCGUUAUUAAAAAUAAAUCUAAAAGGCCCGUUUCAUCAGUUAAAAAACAGGUAUCAGCACCGAUUAGACCCACAAUUAAAAUAUUCACGAAGAAAAAAAACACGUACACCGAGGAAAAAAGUUAUAUUUGUACCAUGUCACAAAAUUCAUUAGCAAGCCAUAAAUAUAAUAAGGUUACAGGAUCUAUUCAUCCGCCAACUUCAUCGAAUCCGAGGUCAUCUCAAAGUGAACUCAGGAAACGUUUCAUCGACAGGUCUGACAAAUUGUCGAAAAAAAGCUACCAAACAUUAUUUAAAGAACUCGAAGAGCAACAUAAGGAUGUAACAAUGGAGUUGGAGGAAAGUAAACGUUUGGCAGAAUCUCUUCAACACCAGUUGUAUAAAGUUAAACAUGACAAAGAAAUUCAGACGUGUGGAAUUAGUUUAGAUCAAUUAGAAAAUGAUUUAGAACAUUUAAAAACAAAUUUAAAAAGGAAAGAAAUUAAUUUAGAACAACAAGAAAUUAGUUUGCAAAAUAUGACCGACGAAAAAAAUUUGUUGAAUUUGGAACUGGGUGUAAAAAAUGAAAAACUAUCGAGUAUAGCUGCAGAAAUCUCGACAUUAAAUUCAAAAAUAGAGAUUUUAAGCAAUACAGUAGAUGGCUUAAAGAAGACAGACUCUGAAAAAACCAUAAGAAUUGAAAAUUUGUUCAAGGAAAGAAACAAGUUUAAAAAUGAUUUUAUUGAGGUUUUGAGGGAGAGAGAUUUGUUUCAAGAGGAGUUAAUUGUACUUAAAAAUAGUUAUAAAGAAACUAGUCAAAAACUGCAUGAAUUGAGAUCUGAAGUCGGAAAAAAGAGAUUCGAAUUUGUGCAACGAUCUAUGCGAUUAAGUGAACAAUCAGACUUAAAUAUUAAACAGCAAAAACAAAUAAAACUCAUGGAAGAUAUAACGUUGGAACUCGAAUUGAUGGUCAAAAGUUUGACACUUGAAAACCAGGACUAUAUUAUUACUAUUGACCGUUUAAAAGAGGAUGUUGUUGAGUUGAAAAAUGAAAUAAAACAGUGGGAAACCAAGGCUGGUUGUUGGAUUAAUAAGUAUGUUCGAGAAAAAUUUGAAUCAAAAAUUGAGGAUCUCGAAAACGAAAACCAACGAUUAAAUGUUAAAAACUUACAACUGACAGACCAGUACAACAAAACAAUAUCUGAAAAAUGCGAACAAAUAUCUGAAAAAGAAAAAAUUGUCGAGAUGAAACAAUCGAAAAUUGAACAAAUGAAGGAAAUAAUAAACUUAAUGAGGAAAACUAAUGUUCAUUUCAGCGAUGACGACCAAAUACAAUAAGAGCACUGAGAUAAAUUGAGCGAUAGAUGUAUGUAAAACCAGCCAUCGUGUUUGUACCCACAGAAGCUAAGCAUUUUGACCUCGAGAUCAACCUAUUAUGUAUGUGUAAUAGUAUUACAAUGAUGAUGUAAAUUAUGUAAAAUAUAAUACAAGGAUCCUCAUCAGUUGUUAUCACAGCCAAAUUAUAUUUUAAUUAAUUAAUUAUAGUUUAA